CCUGACUCCCCUCCUUCGUCCCUCACUCUGGCUCUCUGGACUCAUCUUCUGCAAGCUCCCUGCUUUCCAGUUGUUUUUUCCUAGUUUGGUGGAACAUAAGCUAAGACAGUUGGUACUAGAAUGGCUCUGGAAAGCCGACCCUGAGAAUAGUAUUGUAAAACUGGACUCCCUCACCCUCAGAUGGCAACAAGGGCCCCUAUGCAGCUGUUGAUAACCCCUGGUACUCUAGCAUCACAGUUGUGUGACUCUUGCCAACGGUGGGUGGGAUGUGACUCAGGUAGAAGGGAAAGCAUUGGCUAGUACAGUAGCUCUAGCACGUGGGCAGGAUAUGGACCAUGGGAAUGAUAAGGCUAGUGGAGCUGGCUGUCUCUUGUCAUCUUUCUUCGAGCCUUGAGGUAAGGUCAGGCUCAGAUCAGCCAGGUAUCAACCCCAGGACACACUGUGAGCGACAGAAGGCUCUGUGGCAGCAUCUCCUGCAGUCAGAAGCCAGACUGUCGAAAAUCAGGCGCGGAAUUUAAUCAUAAUUAUGGCAAAACUGCAGAGGAGGCUGAAGGCGCAGCCUGGGACAGGUGGCCUCUGCUAAAGUCAGGGGUGAGGCCUGAGAUGCAGCUGUUUGGUAGAAGCAUGGAGAACUCUGAACUCCCAGAUUUCCUUAGAUCCUCGGGGCUAGUGGAAGUAUCCUCUGGACACUCUGCAAAAACCUUGCUGAAGGCUCUUGCCUUGCAGGAUGGUACUUAUCCUCUCAAGAUCUGCCUCCCCCUCCCCUCGGAUCUCAGCAUUGCCUAAGCGGGGAAGUACAGUCCCUGCUACUGGACAAAUAGCUUUUGUACUGGAGUUGUAGGACCUGGCUCCUGGGAACCAGCGGGAGCUGAGGGCACACAUGUGCGAGUGAAUCUUGAGGGUGUCAGCUGAAGAGUGGGGUAACGGUGGACCAUAAAGCUGCUUGGGAAAGGCUGUGUCUCUUUAGGAGCAUUCUCUCAGGAUUAGGGGUUUAAUGAUCUUGCAAGAACAACUGGAGCAACUGGGCAGAUUCCUUGAAACUUGGACAUGACCAUGAUCUGCACCACUGGUUCUCAGGAGUGGGAGGAAGAGGCUGUCUGUGUCAUUAUGUGUGCGUCGGUCAAGUACAAUAUCCGGGGUCCUGCCCUCAUCCCAAGAAUGAAGACCAAGCACCGAAUCUACUACAUCACCCUCUUCUCCAUCGUCCUGCUGGGCCUCAUUGCCACCGGCAUGUUUCAGUUCUGGCCCCAUUCCAUCGAGUCCUCCAGUGACUGGAACGUAGAGAAGCGCAGUGUCCGCGAUGUGCCGGUGGUCAGGCUGCCGGCCGAUAGUCCCAGCCCUGAGCGCGGCGAUCUCAGCUGCAGGAUGCACACGUGCUUUGAUGUCUACCGCUGUGGCUUCAACCCAAAGAACAAAAUCAAGGUGUAUAUCUACUCUCUGAAAAAGUACGUGGACGACGCUGGUGUCCCCGUCAGCAACACCAUCUCCCGGGAGUAUAACGAGCUGCUCACGGCCAUCUCAGACAGCGACUACUAUACCGAUGACAUCACCCGGGCCUGCCUGUUUGUCCCAUCCAUCGACGUCCUUAACCAGAACACGCUCCGCAUUAAGGAGACAGCACAGGCACUGGCCCAGCUCUCUAGGUGGGAUCGAGGUACAAACCACCUGCUGUUCAACAUGUUGCCUGGAGGUCCCCCAGAUUAUAACACGGCUCUGGAUGUCCCCAGAGACAGGGCUCUGUUGGCUGGUGGUGGCUUUUCUACGUGGACUUACCGGCAAGGCUAUGAUGUCAGCAUUCCUGUCUACAGUCCACUGUCAGCGGAGGUGGACCUUCCGGAGAAGGGACCAGGUCCCCGGCGGUACUUCCUCCUGUCCUCUCAGAUGGCUAUCCACCCCGAGUACAGAGAAGACCUGGACGCCCUGCAGGCCAGACACGGGGAGUCGGUGUUAGUGCUGGAUAAAUGCACCAACCUCUCAGAGGGUGUCCUGUGGGUGCGUAAGCGCUGCCGCGAGCACCAGGUCUACGAUUACCCCCAGGUGCUGCAGGAGGCCACGUUCUGUGUGGUCCUUCGUGGUGCUCGGCUGGGCCAGGCGGUACUGAGUGACGUUUUACGCGCCGGCUGUGUCCCAGUUGUCAUUGCAGACUCCUAUAUUUUGCCUUUCUCUGAAGUUCUGGACUGGAAGAGAGCAUCUGUGGUUGUCCCGGAAGAAAAGAUAUCUGAUGUGUACGGUAUUUUGCAGAGCAUCCCCCAAAGGCAGAUUGAAGAAAUGCAGCGGCAGAAAUGGAGCAGCGUGAGCAACCCACUCUUCCUCCCGCUGAUCCCACCACAGUCACAAGGUUUCACCGCCAUCGUCCUUACCUACGACCGAGUGGAGAGCCUCUUCCGGGUCAUCACUGAGGUGUCCAAGGUGCCCAGUCUAUCCAAGCUGCUAGUUGUCUGGAAUAAUCAGAAUAAAAAUCCUCCAGAAGAUUCUCUCUGGCCCAAGAUCCGGGUUCCAUUAAAAGUUGUGAGGACUGCUGAAAACAAGCUGAGUAACCGUUUCUUCCCGUAUGACGAAAUCGAGACGGAGGCUGUCCUGGCUAUCGAUGACGAUAUCAUCAUGCUGACCUCUGACGAGCUGCAGUUUGGUUAUGAGGUCUGGCGGGAGUUUCCUGACCGCUUGGUGGGUUACCCGGGCCGUCUGCACCUCUGGGACCACGAGAUGAAUAAGUGGAAGUAUGAGUCUGAGUGGACCAAUGAGGUGUCCAUGGUGCUCACGGGGGCAGCUUUUUAUCACAAGUAUUUUAAUUACCUAUAUACCUACAAAAUGCCUGGGGAUAUCAAGAACUGGGUGGAUGCUCAUAUGAACUGUGAAGACAUUGCCAUGAAUUUCCUGGUGGCUAACGUCACGGGGAAAGCCGUCAUCAAGGUAACACCACGAAAGAAAUUCAAGUGUCCUGAGUGCACAGCCAUCGAUGGGCUUUCGCUUGACCAGACGCACAUGGUGGAGAGCUCCAGAGACUCAAAAACUUGUGGAUUAAAACAAUUGGAAACAAGGCUUCCAGGAUCUCAGGACAGAAGAGACUUUUCUGGUCUGAGUGCAUCAACAAGUUCGCUUCCGUCUUUGGGACAAUGCCUCUUAAGGUCGUGGAGCACCGAGCUGACCCUGUCCUGUACAAAGACGACUUUCCUGAGAAACUGAAGAGCUUCCCCAACAUCGGCAGCUUAUGAAACAGGCCGCUAGCGGAGGUCUGAAUGUUAAGCUUGGACAGAGGAGAAUACGGCCUCCCCGACACUCUGAGAUCAGCGUGUGGGGGACCUUUGAUUGACAGGCUGGACCGGGACACCUAACCUGCUUCCUCAAGAACCGGAACCUAAAGAAAGUGUCUAAGCACCUUAUUGGUGUGUGCCCUGUUCUAGUGUUUCUUAUGACCUCCGAUGGGUUCUUGUUGAAAAUGCCAAAUUUUCAACCUUUGUGAAGCCUUUGUGGCAUGCUCUGGGUUUAAAUCCAGCUCAGACUCCCUUUGUUUGCAGUUCCAAUAAAACGGUCUGGGAGGAAACGUCACUGACCCUAAGACUGCGGAGAAGACAAACCUACUGGCCAUAUUAGAUUAGGGGAAUCGUGUAGAUCACGCCCAUAUCUCACCUUUAGCUGUUUCAGAUCAGUGAGAUUUUUUAGGCGGAAAAGUCAAACCAAGAACUUGGUGCAAAAUUCCAACAUCUUCGUGGGAUUUGACAUCUGCCCUGGGACCGGGGGCACUGGGCCCAUGCAUAGGCAGAGCACCGAGUGCUGAAUUGGGAUCCUGUAAGUUCCAUGAACCAUUCCUCUUUGGUUUGGCUUGUUGAUAUGAUUAAAAUUUUUUAUUCCUUUUUA